GGAGGGGAGGCAGCGAGUCCCGGUCCCCGGAUACCUCCGCCUGCAGCAUCGGUUCUGAGGCCGCGCAGCCGCCAUUUUGGAUGCCAGGCUCCUGCCGCCGCCGCCGCCGCCUUCGCCGCAAGGACCCGGCCCGCCUGAGCUGGACUCCUGAUUAUGUCCCAAGCAGAAAGAGCAGGUCCCUCCGUACAUGACUAAGAGGAGCACUUGAGGAAUGAAGCGGCAGAGGAUGCCAGCCCCCAUCAGACUCCGGGAGCUGAUCCGGACCAUCCGGACAGCUCGGACCCAGGCAGAAGAACGGGAGAUGAUCCAGAAAGAAUGUGCUGCUAUUCGGUCAUCCUUCCGAGAAGAGGACAACACAUACCGCUGCCGGAACGUGGCCAAGCUGCUGUAUAUGCAUAUGCUGGGCUACCCUGCACAUUUUGGACAGCUGGAGUGCCUCAAACUGAUUGCCUCUCAGAAGUUCACAGACAAACGCAUCGGGUACCUGGGCGCCAUGCUGCUGCUGGACGAGAGGCAAGAUGUCCACCUGCUCAUGACGAACUGCAUCAAGAAUGAUCUGAACCACAGCACCCAGUAUGUGCAGGGCCUGGCCCUCUGCACUCUGGGCUGCAUGGGCUCCUCGGAGAUGUGCCGCGACUUAGCUGGGGAGGUAGAGAAGCUCCUGAAAACCUCCAACUCCUACCUGAGGAAAAAGGCAGCCCUCUGUGCGGUUCACGUCAUCAGGAAGGUGCCUGAGCUCAUGGAGAUGUUCCUACCAGCCACAAAAAACCUGCUGAAUGAGAAGAAUCACGGAGUUCUUCACACCUCUGUAGUCCUCCUCACGGAAAUGUGCGAGAGAAGCCCAGACAUGCUGGCCCACUUUAGGAAGAAUGAAAAGCUUGUACCCCAGCUCGUCCGUAUCCUAAAGAACCUCAUCAUGUCUGGCUAUUCCCCUGAGCAUGACGUCUCCGGGAUCAGCGACCCCUUUCUGCAGGUGCGAAUCCUACGAUUGCUGAGAAUUCUAGGCCGAAAUGACGACGACUCAAGUGAAGCCAUGAAUGACAUCCUUGCCCAGGUGGCCACGAACACGGAGACGAGUAAAAAUGUGGGGAAUGCCAUCCUCUACGAAACAGUCUUAACGAUCAUGGACAUCAAGUCUGAGAGCGGCCUGCGUGUCUUGGCAAUCAACAUCCUCGGCCGGUUCUUGCUCAAUAAUGACAAGAAUAUUCGGUACGUGGCGCUGACGUCCUUGCUGAAGACCGUGCAGACCGACCACAAUGCCGUGCAGCGGCACAGAAGCACCAUCGUGGACUGCCUGAAGGACCUGGACGUGUCCAUCAAGCGGCGAGCGAUGGAGCUGAGCUUUGCUCUCGUGAAUGGGAACAACAUCCGGGGAAUGAUGAAGGAACUGCUGUAUUUUCUGGACUCCUGUGAGCCAGAGUUCAAGGCAGACUGUGCAUCAGGGAUAUUUCUGGCAGCAGAGAAGUACGCUCCUUCUAAGCGCUGGCACAUAGACACAAUCAUGAGAGUCCUGACCACAGCCGGGAGUUACGUGCGUGAUGACGCUGUGCCCAACCUCAUCCAGCUGAUCACCAACAGCGUGGAAAUGCAUGCCUACACUGUGCAGAGACUCUACAAGGCCAUCUUGGGCGACUAUUCCCAGCAACCGCUGGUGCAGGUGGCCGCCUGGUGCAUAGGAGAAUAUGGCGACCUCUUGGUGUCUGGCCAGUGCGAGGAAGAAGAGCCCAUCCAGGUCACGGAGGAUGAAGUCCUCGACGUUCUGGAAAGCGUCCUCAUCUCCAACAUGACGGCGUCUGUCACACGAGGCUACGCCCUCACCGCCAUCAUGAAGCUGUCUACGCGGUUCACUUGCACAGUCAACCGCAUUAAGAAGGUGGUGUCCAUCUACGGCAGCAGCAUUGAUGUGGAGCUCCAGCAGAGGGCAGUGGAGUACAACGCCUUGUUCAAGAAGUACGACCACAUGAGGUCGGCCCUGCUGGAGAGGAUGCCGGUGAUGGAGAAGCUGACGACCAAUGGCCCCACAGAUGUCCCUCAGCCCAACGGGGAGGCAGAGCCAGCAGUCCUGGAGACCAAGCCUCCCCCAGCAGGCCUGCAGCCCACCAGUCAGGCAAACGACCUGCUGGACCUCCUGGGAAGCAACGACAUCACUCCGGUGAUCUCCACGGCCCCUCCAAAUAAGCCGGCUUCUGCUGGCGGGGAGCUGCUUGACCUCCUGGGGGAUCUCAACCCAACCGGUUCUCCAGCUCCUGCCCCCCAGAUAUCACAGCCCCCCUUCCUGCUGGAUGGGCUCUCUUCGCAGCCCAUCUUCAACGACCUCACUGCUGGCAUCCCCCCCAUCGUAGCCUACAGCAAGAAUGGCCUGAAGAUCGACUUUGCCUUUGAGCGCUCCAGCACCAACCCCAGCGUCACCGUGAUCACCAUCCAGGCCUCCAACAGCACCGAUCUGGACAUGACAGACUUUGUUUUCCAGGCUGCAGUACCAAAGACAUUCCAGCUGCAGCUCCUCUCCCCCAGCAGCAGCAGCAUCCCAGCCUUCAACACGGGGACCAUCACGCAGGUCAUCAAAGUCCUGAACCCACAGAAGCAACAGCUCCGUAUGCGGAUCAAGCUGACGUAUCAUCACAAGGGCUCAGCCAUGCAGGACCUGGCAGAAGUCAACAACUUCCCCCCUCAGUCCUGGCAGUGAGUGCUGGCCCCGCCCUCCUCACCCCACCUGGUUGGCUGAAGGACCUCUGAAGGGCAGAGGGCUGCGGCUCCAGGAAGCCCCACCACUGCACCCCACAGCCCGGGUGGGAGCCGCCCCGAGCUGCCGCUGCCGCUGCUACAGAGCAGGAGGGACUGCCUUGCUCACUGUGACGAAGACGAUGAUGACGACACUGGCCCUCUUUCUCCCCCCCCCCAGCACCACGGCUGCUGAGCCACGUCGGCCACAUUCAUUCCCCUUGUUUUAGAAAGGGGGGGCACACGGCAGCAUCUGCUCUCCCCCUCACCCAGCAAGGAGGGAGCUGCUGUUCCUGCCUUUUGCGGUCUUCUCCCAGGUGGGGGGUGGGUUGUGUGCGUGCGUGCGUGCGGUGGGGGUUUGUUGAAUUCCUUCCUAGCCGGGUUACCAUCUUCAGGCACUUUCAUCCCAAGUUCAUGUUGGAAACUUAUUCCAAGGAUGCUGGAGAUCUUCUUCUUUCCCGCCGUGGGGUUCCCUGAUGUUAGGGGGCCUGUCUGCGCUUGACUGCACACUUGGAGGUCACUGGCUGGGGUCUGGGGAGGGCUUGGGCACGCAGUGGAUCUUCUCUUCUGGACAGAUGCUCUGCUUGGAGGAUUCCGCACUGGAGAUGGGCAGCAAAGCCACACCCAUGCCCCUCUGGCCAUUGCCUCUCUAUGGAAGUGUCAUGCUAGACUGCCCCGGCCAGUGACUCUGGAGCUGACCCCGGCUGCACACUUUGGAACUCUUCUGGUCCUCUCCUUGGCAGUCGGCUGUGGUAGGUGGGUAGAAAGGAAGUGUUGGUUGCUCGGUGAGGCGCUUGAAGAGCGGGGGGGCACCCUUUGCCUGCAAAAGGACUUGUCUCCAGACUCCUCCACUGCAAAGCUGCUUCCCCCUCUUGGCCCUUUUCAUUUCCUGUGUCUGUCAGAGGCCUGGAUUCCAUUUGAAUUCGUUCUCCUCCUGGGACCUUUGUGUUGUAUCUGUAAUAUUGGCACUGAAAUAAAGACCAUCCGGUUUAAUGAGA